AUGGCCGGCAAUGAAGAGCACGAGGGCACUGGUGGGGCGACCGCUGGAAUGCUGGCCCAUAUGAAGUCAGCAGAGAAAGAGGAAAAUGCCAUCAACGAUGCACUGCCGACCAUCCGUCCACAGUCCGAGCUCCACAUCCAGAUGACCUUGCAGGAUGACACCACGUUCGAGGACCUUCGACAAAAGAUCGAAAUGUAUGAGCAGGUCAGCCAGAGGUGGAUGAGUGAUGGGGGCCUACAGAUGAAUGUCAAGCCGCUGAUGGACGUUGAGGAUCGUGGAGGUCCAAUGGAGGUGGAUGCAAUCUGGUCCAAGGGCGGCAAGAAAGGUCUGGCGACUAUGGAGAUCUUCGACUUGACGCAAGAUGACUCAGCGGAAGAGUUGGAGACAGAGAAUGAUGAUGAGAACCUGGCAAUGGCCAUUUUGGCCGUGCGAGAAGUGGAGAAUGAGAAUGAGGAAGAGACCUUCUAUGAAUGCCAGAGCGAGGUUGAGUUUGAGCCACCUGGAACUUCGAGCUUGGAAAGUACAGGAGAUCAUGACCUACGACAUGACCCACGAGCCCAAUACAGUGAUGAAGAAGCAAUGAAGGUUCGAGUUUGCAUGGUCAGGCAAGAAGCACCAACCAUUGCCUUGACCUUGGACUCUGGUGCAGAUGUAUCAGUAGCACCGGAAGAGUACUAUGCCAUGGGUAUGCCGGGCACCUCACGAUCGGUGUCAAUGAUGGAUGCUCAAGGUGGUGCAAUCAAGAGUUCAGGAAAUCGCAGGCUGCGACUACAGGCCUACACCCGUGAUGGAGAGCUCAUUGAGUUUGUUGAACAGUUCGCCCUGGGAGUUGGAGUAUCACAUCCUUUGCUGAGCUUUGGACGGUUGCUCAAACAGGGCUGGGUGUUGUCAAGAGAUCAAGAUGGUCUUUAUGUCGAGCACCCUGAAAGGAAGAUGAAGAUUCCCGCACGACUGGAGCGCAAUUCCUUAGUGAUGGAUGUCCAGGUCUGUGCGGUUAGAGCAGAUGACAUGGACGAUGAGCCCUUGACAGUGGAGAAUGAAGCUUCCAAGAAUGACGAUGUGCCAAAGGAGAAUGCAGUCACUGCGAAUGACAUGGCCAAACCCGUUGAUGAAGAGGCUGAGAAUGUCGAGAAGUCAGCAACUGGCUCAAUUGAGGGCGCGCAUCAUCCAGAUCAAGCAGGAGGUGAACGAGGAGUGAAACGGGCUGUUGAUGCAGAGGAUGGAGCACCAUUGGCCCUGAUGGAGGAGUUGUCAGAGCAAAAGCCGCAUGCAGCAGAAGAUAGAGCAAUAGAGGAAGCACCUACAAAGAAGUCAAAGACAGCGGAGAUGGAGGCAGAGGAACUUAGAUCACCAGGCUACACCACUGAAGAGUCGGGUGAUGUGGUGGUGGAAGCAAGCAGCAGCGAAGAUGGUAAGGUGAAGUCGCGAAUGGCCAGAUGGGCGAACUGGAAGUUGAGAUGUGGAGAAGUGAAGAGUGAGCCCAUGGAGCUGUCAGAUAGUCCUGUCGUGGACGUGGAAGUUGAUGAGAAUCAUGUUUUUCCAGUUCGAGAAGAAGGACAGUCACGGCAGGGAUACAUAUCCAGAGAGCUGGCGCUGCUGGAAAAAGUGCCAGGGUGGCACGCACUACCCAAUGGCAUCGUGGUCCAUUCGAGCCCUCAGGCCACACAUUUCCUGGAUCCUAGCAUGUCCUUUGGUGACGAAUGGUGUGCACGCCUGACGCUGCUCAAGAAAAAGGACAAUAGCGGACUCUGGGAGCAGAUAGAAAGUCUGGCCGUGUAUCGAGAUACACCAUUGCCAUUUAGAGCAAUCCCAGGAGGACCUCGACCUGCGCUGACCUUUGUGGCCCCAGGCUUGAUUCGAGACUACUUUGUUUGGAAUUCAGAGGUCCCUGUGAGCCAGUAUCCACUACUUCAAGGAGAACCGUCCUCGUGGCCAGAUGAUGAACGUGAUGAAGAAGGUGGUGAGUUCCCUAUGCUGGCAGCAGGUCUACCCUGGCAAUACUCAGUGCAGGGCAUUCUGAUGAAGACCAAGUUUGCUGCAAGGCAACGAGUGGCUGACAUGGCGGAGGAAGCAACUGGAGAUGAGCAGGUUGAGAAAGAGGCCAAGACAGUUGGUGAGCAAGCAAUGAAGGGUGAACCAGCUGGAAACUUUCCACCAGGUGCACACGAGCUCAGUCCGAAGAGACAGCGGAUUGAAGAUGUGGUUGGCAAUCUUGCACCUGUUACACCACCCCUGCUCGGAAAGAGAGAAUAUGCACUCCCUUGGGACGAUGAAGAUGAUGAGAAGAGACGCAUGAGCCCCAAGCGUCGAGUAAGGAGCAUCCAAGAAGAAUUCCCAGGUGGUGAUGACAUGGUCGCUGAAGAAGCCCUGCAACAGCAACUCAAUGCAGUCAGCGACGAGGAGGAGGAGAUUGAUGCUGUGAAGGGCAAGCCACCUGUGGUCAGUGAUGAUGAAUUGGCCAGACUGGAUGCAGAGGCAUGCAAGCAUGAAGAAGCACGCCUUGAAGCGAUGGGAGUGCUCGAGAGGAUGAAAGAUGGUGAAGAGGAAGAGCUCAAGAAGAACACCGCCAAGAUGGCAAAGGCCAUGGGAGCGAAUGCAAAGGUAGCAUUGGUGAUCGCCUUGUCAUUACUACAAGGCGGGAAAGGCGCUGAAGUUCAAGAGUCAGAAAAUGAAGACCAAGAUGAUGAAUCCUGGUGGAUGCGGCCAUUGAUCACCAUGCUUUGCCUGGCAAUGAUUGGGGCCUUGAGUCUGGCACGGCUAGUGAUAGAUGGAGCAAGGGCGUGGUGGAAUGGAAGACGCAUCAACGAGGAGACCAUCGAGGAGAAGCAAGAUGAAAGUGAUCGUGGACAAGCGGUGACACCGCAUGUGAGAAAUGAAGAUGAGAGUGGAACACUUCAGCCUGAAGAACCAUGGCAGGCAGAAGAUCAAGAGAAAGUGAACAUGCAAUGGCAGAUUAUUCAGCUGGAAGUGGCAGUGGCUGAACAAGAAGAGAAAAUGACGGAGAUCCGAAGAGAUAGAGACAUCCAGUCCCGAGAGGUCGUCAGGAUGUAUGACAUGUGCACCAACCUCCGCUUUGAGCUGGAAAAGGUCAAGGAAGAAAGAGACAACAUGAUGAUGAAGCUGACCGGGUCAAAGGACACUGAUGAUGAGCAUGCAGUCGAAAUGGCACGCGUGGCCGAGGAUUGUGCCCGGGCCUGGGAAGCUGUUGAACUAUGGAAGAAGAGAUCAAAAGAGAUCCUGACCCAAGCGAAUGAAGUGGUGAAGGAGAAGCUGGAGUCGACAAGAUUCACGGCCUUGACAGUACAGGGUUUCUUCAUUGUUGGUUACAAGUCUGGUUUGCAGCCGGAGUCCUUACUGCCCAACUGCUUUUGGAAGGGCAUCAUUCGAGGAUUCGUGAUGUAUUCCCACGACGGCAAGCGUGUCGAGCUCAAGGGAAAUGCCGAGUCUGGAAAGCGAUCUGGAUCAUCUUCUGCCUCACAGUCAGAUGGCAGCAUCAAAGAGGAGAACCAGAAGCUCAAAGAUGCUAUCAGACGCAUGCUACAAGCAGAGAAGCCAGAGGAUGCAGACUUGGAUGCAGUUCGAACUUUGAUCAAGGUCGAUCCACGAGAAGAGAUUCGACAGCGACAACGUCAGCUGAACCAAGAGAGACGCAUUCUCAACAGGGCCGAGAACCUCAAAGAGACACUACACAAGAAGGAGAACAGCUACCAGUCCUGGAAGCACAACAUGCAAGAGGGAUUGGCGCAGGAAGACCGCAGGCUCAGCAAGGAGCUUGCAGAGCUCCAGGCGGAGAUCAAGGCAGCGGAGGAGAAAGAGCUCAACGAUGCCGAGAUGGACGGAGAGCCAUCGGAUGUGGACCCAACCCUGGUCGAUGUGACACGCCAGGUGGUUCAGGACGAACUCAAAGAGAUGAAAGACCAAAUGGGUCAAUUCGCUUCAUAUGCAGCUCAGAUGGAACGGCAGAACCAACACCUCACCGAACAGGACCCGGUGAACCAUGCGGAAGUCAAGCACCUCCUGACGGGUGUGUCAGAAGAAGCUCAGCGCUACUUUUUGCAGAACAUGCAGAACGAGCCAGAGAAGUUUCCUACCAUGAGAGCCGCAGCAGGGACAGGAACAUCCAUGCCAUCGGAGAUGAGAGCAUCUGCAGUGUCUCCCGUCCCAGGAGGCCUGCCAGCAGGUAGACGACCAGACGCUCCAAAAGGCACCAAAGCCAAGGAGCGCUUUCCUUCCUCCGUCAAUAGAGUCUCCCUGUAG